AUGUCCUUGUCCAUGUUCUCCUCGCUCUUCUUCUUUCUUCUAGCGUUAUCGACCUGCCAUGCUCACAAAGAAGCCACGAUAAACGAACUCAGGGUCGCGUUUAACCAGAACCGAGUCAACUCGAGGCAACUCGUUGAGUUUUAUCUUGGUGAGAUCAAGAAACUCAACCCAAUUCUAAAAGGGGUUAUUGAAGUGAACCCGGAUGCACUGUACGAAGCCGAUCGAGCCGACCGUGAACGGGCGGCUAAGGUCCCUCGGUCGACGGUCGGUUUGCAAGGCAUUCCCGUGCUUCUGAAGGACAUUAUCGCGACAAAAGAUAAACUUAACACCACGAGUGGUUCGUUUGCGUUGCUUGGGUCGGUCGUGCCUCGGGAUGCCGGGGUAGUUUCAAGGUUACGAAAAGCCGGUGCUAUUAUAUUAGGAAAGGCGAGCAUGAGCGAGUGGUCUGAUUUUCGAUCGUUGAGUGCACCAAAUGGUUGGAGUCCGAGGGGUGGACAAGGAAAGAAUCCUUAUGUUCUAUCGGCAAGUCCGUGUGGUUCAAGUAGCGGACCGGCAAUAUCCGUGGCGGCCAAUUUGGCGGCAGUGUCGAUAGGAACCGAGACAGACGGCUCUAUCUUAUGUCCCGCUGGGUUUAACUCAGUAGUUGGGAUCAAACCCACGGUCGGUCUCACUAGCCGAGCUGGGGUCGUUCCGAUUUCUCCGUCAAGGGACACCGUCGGGCCAAUAUGCAGGACGGUAUCAGAUGCUGUUUACGUUCUAGAGACAAUAGCGGGAUUCGAUUACAACGAUGGCGAGGCAACUCAAAGGGCGUCACAAUAUAUCCCGAAUGGUGGAUACGCUCAAUUCCUAAAGCUUGAUGGGAUCAAAGGGAAGCGGAUUGGUGUCGUGAGAAACCAGUUCUUCGUGUUCGCUAACGGAUCGAACCUACGUCAAAUUUUCGAAAGCCAUUUGCAAACACUAAGGCAAAAAGGUGCAAUCUUGAUCGAUAAUUUGGAGAUCCCUGGCCUCGACACCAUAUUUAACGCCACCGCAAGCGGCGAAGCGGUAGCUACGAUAGCCGAAUUCAAGAUCGCGAUAAACGCUUACUUGAAAGCACUUGUCACUUCUCCGGUUCGUUCAUUGGCGGAGAUAAUAGCCUUCAAUCAGAAGUUUUCCGAUUUGGAAAAGCUUGCGAAUUUCGGGCAAGAUAUAUUCUUGGCAGCCGAAGCGACAAAUGGGAUCGGAGAUUUAGAGAAGGCAGCUAUAGCAAACAUGGCUAAGCUAACGAGAGACGGAUACGAGAAGAUGAUGGCGGAGAACCACCUAGACGCGGUGGUGACACCUGGCCCUAAUAUUUCUCUGGUGUUGGCCAUCGGUGGUUUUCCGGGGAUCAGUGUUCCGGCUGCGUACGACAACAAGGGUGUUCCGGUUGGUAUUUGUUUUAGUGGAUUGAAAGGAUCUGAGCCUACAUUGAUCGAAAUCGGUUACGGAUUCGAACAAGCAACAAAGGUCAGAAAGCUUCCCGCAUUUCUACCUUGA